AUGACGGUAUUACAUAUUGCCAAUGCUCUGGGUGAGAAAGAAACUCCCGUCAUUAUUGGACACAGUCAAAAACCAAGAUGUUUUAAAAACGUACAAGAUGAAAAACGACCCUGUGGCACAUAUUCUUAUGCUAACAAAAAAGCCUGGAUGGAUUCAGAGCUCUUGGAAGAAAUUUUGAGAACUCUAAACAAAAAAUGCGCUACAGACUACCGUAAAAUAUUGCUUUUCAUUGAUAAUGUGCCAAGUCAUCCACAAUCUUUUAUUGAUUGUUUCUCCCAGGUCUUCUUGCCAAAAGAUACAACAUCCAAAUUGCAGCCGCUUGAUGCUGGAAUAAUAAAGAAUUUCAAAGUAUUCUACCGCAAACAACUGCUACAGCAUGUACUGGCCAGGAUUAAACCGGGAUGUAAAACAUCUGAUGUGAUACGCAAUGUCGACCUUUUAAAGUCUAUUGGGUGGGUAAUCAACGCAUGGGGAAAAGUUAAAAAAGAAACAAUCGUCAUUUGUUUUUCUAAGUGUGGUUUCACGGAAGCUACCCUUUAG